CUUGACUGUCCCCGGGCCCGCCGAGGUCUUCCCAGAGGCCGAAGAUGAGCAAAGACCUGCUGGCGCGAUCUUUUUUUCCGUAGCCGUUUUGGCUCAAGUACUUCCGGUGGAGCCCUUUUCCUGGAUCAACUCGUCCUGCCUGCCCAGCUCUCUUUCUGCUUCCUCGCAGCCAUGGGCGAAGAGGAGGUUGCAGCUCUGGUUGUGGACAACGGCAGUGGCAUGUGCAAGGCAGGCUUUGCGGGCGACGAUGCGCCACGUGCCGUGUUUCCUUCGAUCGUCGGGCGCCCCAAGAUGCCGGGCAUCAUGGUCGGCAUGGAUCAGAAGGACAGCUACGUUGGCGACGAGGCGCAGAGCAAGCGUGGCGUUCUCACCCUGAAGUAUCCUAUCGAGCAUGGCAUCGUAACAAAUUGGGACGACAUGGAAAAGAUCUGGCAUCACACUUUCUACAACGAGCUCCGCGUGGCCCCAGAGGAACACCCCGUGCUCCUCACCGAGGCUCCCUUGAACCCCAAGGCGAACCGUGAACGCAUGACCCAGAUCAUGUUCGAGACUUUCAACGUGCCGGCGAUGUACGUUGCCAUUCAGGCCGUGUUAUCGUUGUACGCCUCUGGCCGCACCACCGGCAUUGUCAUGGAUUCAGGCGACGGCGUGUCGCACACCGUGCCCAUCUACGAGGGCUACGCGCUGCCACACGCGAUCUUGCGCCUGGAUCUGGCAGGUCGGGAUCUCACGGAGUAUUUGAUGAAAAUCCUCACUGAGCGCGGUUAUUCCUUUACUACCACGGCUGAGCGCGAGAUCGUGCGUGACGUCAAAGAGAAGCUCUGCUACAUCGCGCUCGAUUUCGACACAGAAAUGAAAGCCGCCACGGAGAGUUCAGACAAGGAGAAGACGUACGAGCUUCCUGAUGGGAAUAUCAUCACUGUGGGUAGUGAGCGUUUCCGUUGCCCCGAGGUUCUAUUCCAGCCAAGUUUCGUUGGCAAGGAGGCCAGCGGAAUUCACGACACCACCUUCCAGUCGAUUAUGAAGUGCGACGUCGACAUCCGCAAGGAUCUGUACGCCAACGUGGUCCUCUCUGGUGGCACGACUAUGUUCCCAGGCAUCGGCGAACGGAUGACAAAGGAGUUAACGGCUCUAGCACCUUCAACGAUGAAGAUCAAGGUUGUAGCUCCACCUGAGCGCAAGUAUUCCGUGUGGAUCGGUGGGUCAAUCUUAUCGUCGUUGAGUACUUUUCAGCAAAUGUGGAUCUCUAAGGGGGAGUAUGACGAGUCUGGCCCCACUAUCGUGCACAGGAAGUGUUUCUGAGGGCUUGCUUCCAGACGCCCUUUGGGAUCAUCUGAGCUGGAACUGCCAGACGUGUCGGCUGGAGAUGGGAGCUUACUUCCAUGCUCCAAGGUUCACGGCUGGUUCUUCAUGGCAUGAAUUCGUGGGGUUCUGGGGUUGCCCAGGCAGCCGCGGGGCUACAAGUUCGACGGCAUCAACAGAUGCUCCAAUGCAGGUCACAGGGGAGCAUUUUAGGAUCGGUGUUGCUUCUCCUCAGGCAAAAACAAUUGUUUUUCGCGGUUUUCUCGCAACGAGACCUCCCAUUCCUGCAGGGGCAGCCGAUACGGCACCACCAACACGUGACGACAUCGGUUACCAGGAUUCCCAA